AUGCGGUGCUAGAUUCGCUCAUGCAGCCACGUUGUUCGAAGCGCAGCACAUCGAGCAGAGGAGUGUGAGGAGCCAUCCCCUCCGACGUGCAUCUCGGUGUGUGUGGCCCGAGCUUCGCCGUACCGGCAAAAAGCCCCCAAAUGUUUGGCAGUAAUUUAAGCACUAGCAAUUUCACCACGUGAGCUGCUGUUCAGAUCUGGCGCGGAGAGCGCUGCAUUGCCAAUGUGCCGGACGUAGAAAUCGACAAGGAUGUCCGAGAGGGGUCAAUUUCGCGGAGGGCGUGGUGGUGGUCGUGGUGAUCGAGGCGGCCGCGGCGGUGGCGCUGACCGUGGCGGACGUGGUGGAAGUCAGGCGCAGAGCGCGGACCGGAAGAAGGAAAACAUUCUUGACCUAACCAAAUACAUGGACAAGGACAUAACCGUCAAGUUCAACGGUGGCCGGGAAGUAACCGGUCUACUCAAAGGAUACGACCAAUUGAUGAACCUGGUCCUUGACAAUGUCAAAGAGAUCACUAGAGAUGACGAAGGCAACCUGAGCACGCGCUCUCUGGGCUUGCUUGUUGCUCGAGGCACAUUGCUUGUUCUCAUCUCGCCUGUCGAUGGCAGCGAAGAGAUUGAGAAUCCCUUCGUGCGAGGAGAUGACGACGAGUGAGGUGUAAUCUGGUUAGAGGUGAGGUCUGGUAUGGAAAACCCUGGCCGAACACGCAAUCUGCGACUCCAUUCCGUCAUGCGGAGGCACAGUGCGAAGCGAGUAAUGCCGUAUCGCCGUGCGUGCCGACCACCAGCACUGUAUGAAGAAGCGAGCGGUGGUACGAAUUCAGGGAGG